GAGGCCAUGACCCACCAUAGAGGCCCAUUGCCUUGGACAAUUGUAAUCCAUGGUUUGAACACAACCCCUUUGUCAAAAAAUGUUUGAAGCAGUUAAUCAACACCGAAAUCUCCAACUCUUCCUUUGUCUCUCUCUCAACUUCAAUAAUUUAAUCACUCUUUCUCAUUCUCCCUCACUUCCUUUCAUCACUUUCCUUUCAUGGACAACAAGCAGCCUCAGCCACAGCAGCUUUCCUUGGCCAAGUCUUCGCGCCAACGUUGCAGUGAAUGGAUUUUUCGAGAUGUUCCUAGUGAUAUCACGAUAGAAGUGAAUGGAGGGACGUUUGCAUUACAUAAGAGGCAAUCUUUCAAUGGUGAAGGGGUUUUUGACGAGUCAUAACAGUCUAAAUUGUUCAAUGCAGUUUCCUCUGGUCUCUCGUAGUGGGCGAAUCCGAAAAUUAGUUGCAGAACAUAGAGAUUCUGAUAUCUCAAGGAUUGAGCUUCUUAAUCUGCCAGGAGGCGCUGAAACAUUUGAGUUGGCUGCAAAGUUCUGUUAUGGUAUUAACUUUGAAAUAACAUCAGCAAAUGUAGCUCAGCUGUGUUGUGUUUCUGAUUAUCUUGAAAUGACUGAAGAUUUUGCAAAAGAUAAUCUUGGUUCCCGUGCUGAAGAAUAUCUUGAGAGCAUCGUUUGCAAGAACCUGGAAAUGUGUGUUGAAGUUCUGCAUCAAUGUGAGAAUUUACUCCCUCUAGCUGAUGAGUUGAAGGUAGUUAGCCGAUGCAUAGAUGCGAUAGCUUCUAAGGCUUGUGCAGAGCAGAUUGCUUCAAGCUUCUCACGCCUGGAGUACAGCAGCUCUGGGAGGCUUCACAUGAACAGGCAUGCCAAAUGUGAGGGAGACUGGUGGAUAGAAGAUCUUUCCAUUCUUCGGAUUGAUUUGUAUCAAAGAGUAAUGUCAGCCAUGAAAUGUCGUGGGGUUCGUCCUGAGAGUAUUGGUGUAUCUCUUAUGAACUAUGCCCAGAAGGAAUUGACCAAGAAGUCCAGCUUAUGGAAUCCAUCAAGUCAAACAAAGGUUGAUUUGAUUUCAGGCUCACAUGGGCAUGAACGACAUGUAGUUGAAACAAUUGUCAGCCUUCUGCCAGUAGAGAAGCUUGCUGUUCCCAUCAAUUUCCUUUUUGGGCUUUUGCGAAGUGCAGUGAUGCUUGAUUGUGUAGUUGCUUGUAGGCUCGAUUUGGAAAGAAGGAUUGCUUCCCAGUUGGAUAUUGCUGCUCUUGAUGAUCUUUUGAUCCCAUCCUUGCAGCAUGCAGGAGAUACCUUGUUUGAUGUUGAUACCGUUCAUAGGAUAUUGGUAAAUUUUGCACAACAAGAUGAUAGCGAAGAUGAUAUGGAUGACACCUCUGUGUUUGAGUCUGAUAGUCCUCAUUCACCAUCCCAAACUGCAUUGUUCAAAGUUUCAAAAUUGGUUGACAAUUACCUUGCAGAAAUUGCCCCUGAUGCAAAUCUGAAGCUCGCCAAGUUCAUGGUCAUUGCAGAAACCUUACCAGCACAUGCACGUACAGUUCAUGAUGGAUUGUAUCGAGCCAUUGAUAUUUACCUGAAGGCUCAUCAGAAUUUAUCAGAUUCAGACAAGAAGAAGCUCUGCAGACUGAUUGAUUUUCAAAAGCUCUCACAAGAAGCCGGUGCACACGCUGCACAAAACGAACGGCUCCCUCUCCAGUCUAUAGUUCAAGUGCUCUAUUUUGAGCAGUUAAGGCUCCGCAAUUCCUUGAGCUGCUCUUAUCCUGAUGACGAUCACAAGCCGGUGCACCAGUCAUGGCGGAUCAGCAGUGGUGCACUCAGUGCAGCAAUGUCUCCGCGAGACAACUAUGCAUCAUUGAGGCGAGAAAACAGAGAGCUAAAACUCGAAUUAGCUCGUUUACGAAUGAGGUUAAAUGAUCUAGAGAAAGAACACGUUUGUAUGAAGAGGGAUAUGGAAAGGUCUCAUUCUCGUAAAUUGAUGAGUUCUUUCUCUGUAAAAAUUGGUAAGCUGAGUUUCUUUGGUCAUAGUUCUUCAAGGGGCUCAAGUUCUCCCUCAAAGCAUUCUUAUAGAACAGAUUCUAAGGUGAUUGAAAGAACAUGUGCAAGCACUGAUUAGGCAAUUCAGAUUACCCAGAGUCUUUUCUCCGUAUUUUUCAUGUAACAGCAAGCUGUGCGAUUGAUGAUCGUGUCAUUUGUCAUAUAUAUAUAUUUACCUCCUUGUAUAUGAGUUGCGAUGUUUUGGGUUAGUGAGACUGGGGCUUUGAAUUUUGGGAAAGUACAAAUUUGUUGUUGCCUGAGUUUUAAUAUCGCAAAAUGAAUUUGAUGUAAACAUGUGGAAAAUGUUCAUUAUAGAUAUUUUUACUGA